AUGACAACAAUGAUGACGAGUUUGCUCUGCUUGUCGCUCUGCCUCCUGCUCGGCCUCGUGACCAAGCCUGCACUCACCUUGAUGCUACAGGUCAACAGCUGCAGCAUCAGCGUCCACUUGCCAGAAUUGCGUGGACAUUAUUCCGUAAUACGACCAAAAGCGGUUAAAGACGACACCGAGAUUGGCGUGAGGAUUCUGAGCCAAACAGCAAUGAUAAAUGUUCAGGAUGAUCAGGCAUGCUGUUUCCUGCGCCUGCUCCUGCGCUUCUAUGUGGAGAGAGUGUUCCGCAACUUCGCCUCCGAUCAGCCACAGGAGCAACGUAGCUCCAGCGCCUUGGCCAAUGCUUUCGUCACCAUGAGACGGAAUAUAAACGGAUGCCACUGUCUCUGCAACGAGGACACACACAAAACGCUCGACUUUCUACAGAUGGAAUUUGACAAGCUGUCUACUGACAAGGCAGCAACGAAGGCUGUCGCGGAGUUGGAUGUGCUCCUGAAUUGGAUGGAUGAAGUGAACCAGGGAUCAGCAAUGGAAACGCCCCUAUGA